GAUAUUGAUGCAGCAACAAUUUUAUUUGAUGGUUGGACUGAAAAGUACAAAAAAAUUAAUUAUAUGGGUCUGAAGUGUUCCAUUAUUAAUGAAAACUGGCAUAAAAAAUUUUUUACCUUGGCUUGUUUGCCUUUAGAAAGUCAUACAGGUGAAAAUUGUCAUAAUUUUAUCAAAGACAUUGUUCAAGAAUUUUUUCAGAGGCGUUGUAGAGAUAUGAGGCUACAUACUGUGCACGACGGUGCAGCAAAUAUGAUGAAAACAUGUAAACUUUUAGGCUCAAAGGAUCCACAACAUUGUCUGGCUCAUAUCUUGCAUUUAAUAUUGACAUGUGAUGGCAUAAAUAGUUGUACUGAAACAAAAUGUUUGUUAGAAAAAUGCAGACAAAUUGUAACCUGCCAGAACUUCAAGUCAACUUUACUUUUAGAGGAAUCACAUUGUGAAGCAGACAUAAAAUUAUACAACAAUCUUCGAAUCCUUGCUGAAGUGAAAGACAUUGAUGAUUUAGAGCAUCAAUUUCCCAUUCAAAUUUAUGAUGAAGCAAACAUGAUUGAAGUAAACAAUUUAGAUAUUGCUUGUAAAGAAAAAUUUGAUGAUAAUUUCAUAAAAAGACACCAUAGAAGUCUGAAACAGCAAAUACGCACAAGAUAGAACAGUGCUCUUUUUAUGAUAGAAUCAAUUAACCAAUUAUAAGAUACUGUAGAAAUUUUACUCAAGAAAUGUAGUAGACAAGACCUUUGUUUAGAUAAUGAAGAACAAGCCUUGAUUUCAGAAUUGGUUAAAUUUUUAAAACCAUUUGAAUCAUUAACCCAUGUGGUCAGUGCUGGAAAUUCGCUUUCUCUUUUGCCAUAAACACAAAAUACUAAAACUACUUUCAAUUAAUUCUUGUGAUUUAAAUGAAAUAAAAAAGCUAAAGGAAUAUUGCUCUAAAAAAAUUGACCAAAAACUUAAGUUAUCAACUUCUGCAAAACUAUGCUGUUUUUUAGAUCCAGCCACAAAAAUUUUAUAUACAAGAGAUGAAAUAAAGGAAAGUUUGUUGGAGAAUGCAUUAAACAUAAAAGUGACCCAAUUAGAUUUAAUUCAAGUUAUAUCAGAGUCAGAAAAUGAUAAAGAUUCAAAAUCAGGUCCUAGUGCUAAGCGACAACUACUUCAAGAGAUGAAGAAAAGUGUUACUUCUGCAGAAAAAAAUUAUCAAAUUGAUUCGGAAGUAGAGCAAUUUAUAUCUCAUAUACCUACGACAGAUGAAGAACUGGAUUUUUUAUUGUUUUGGCGAAAUCAUCAUGCAAAGUAUCCACACUUAGCAGUGCUUGCAAAAGAGUAUUUUAGCAUACCAACCUCGAGUGUAUCAGUGGAAUCCAUGUUUUUAUUGACUGGAUUAAUUUUAAACUCAAGAAGAAGCAAUUUAAGUUCUUCCAAUAUGAAGAUGACUAUCUUUAUUCAUGACAAUAUCAGUCUUAUUUGAUUUUUAACUUUAAUUGAAAAAAAAUAAUUUAAACCUAAA